AAGCGACGCCUAUUUCCGGGUAUACCCGCAGUAUGAGGAAUGCAGACGUCAGUGUCAGCUGUUUUUACACAACAUGCUCUCAUGCCGGUAGGACAUACUUCCACAAUAACAUAGAAUGUGAUGAGAAGAACCAGUCCUCCAGUCGACAACUGCAUAUCGAGUAUCGACUAACCAUCGGAUCAGGUGGAAGCUUUACCAGUGACAGUAAGCGGGCUUGACUCCUAUGGUGGAUUUCCACGCCCAGCUGUACUCGCCUUCGGAUGAAAUCUUACAGGCAGCCGUUCAGAUAAGUUUUGUCCUCACAUCCAUGGUUGUCAACCUAGCUGAUGGAAAGGAACGCUGUCAAACAGCUCAGCAUGGUCUCCAGGCUGCCCAAGUUUGCUUCCCAAACCUCAGGCACCACCAUGACCCCCCUUCCCCAAGGAUCUGCCCUCCCGGUUUCCUCCUUAGAGUCUAAAAGUGGACCUAUAGGCAGGCACAAUAGUUCGACACGUGUGCAAUCCCUAAAUUGGAGAAAGGGUGAAGAGGAUAGUGGAAAUAAAGUUCAACAGUCUGGCAGAUUGGAUGAGGAGAGUAGUGUACCUAUAGAUUCACAGAUGGUGACUGAAAAGCCUUCCCCUGCAGCUGCAGUUAAAUGUAAGAGUACAAUCCCCACUGCACAAAGUAGCUAUCCCAGGAGUAUACCCCAGCCUAGCAAAACCAUUUCCCGCAUGACUACUCCCAAACGCCCCUCCACAGGAAAUCCCCUCAAUGGUAUAGCUACUCUGAAUGGAGUCAGUGGUGGUAAUGGGCAUUAUGGCUCCUCAGGGCCUGGUCUUGGUCAUGUAUCCCAACAAAGAACCCUGCAGAGCAAACGGUCCCUGUCCAAUGACAUUGCCAAGUCUGCCUCUAAAGAGAGUCUCAUAGUGCGCUCUCAGAGUUUCACCCACUUCAAGAAGGCAGCUUGCCCCACCAACCCACCUAUGACCCGUUCUUUCUCCUUUAACAAAGCUACAGAGCUUGCUCAAGAACUCCCCAAACCUUUAGCACAAUCUCCAGUGGCUAGAUCACCCCUCAUUCAGCCAAAUCCAGUAUUAUACGAAGGGAAAGUAGGUAAAUAUGAGAUUGCAAGGCCCUCUGUAACAACUAGUGUUCCUCUUUUGCCAACGACCACAAUAAAGAAAUCCCUUUUACCCAGCUUUUCAGUUAAGAAACCCUCUGUGCUCAGUUAUAGACUUACACGUCCAACACUCACCAAACAUCUCCGUCCCGUUGUCUCUGGAACUGUCCAAAAAGAAGCAGAAUUAAGUAAAAAUAUCCAAGACCCUACACCGAUAGCAGAAACCAGUUCAGAACCAUCUAGCACCAAUGAAAGUAUUGAAACUUCUCCAAAUGAGACUUCAUUUGAAGUAAAGGAAGUUGAAGACAUUCUGGGCCCCUCUAUGGAGGUUUUGGAGGAUAUGUCGCUAUCAUCGUCCUCCUCUGUGGAGAACAAUGAUACUAGUGAAGAGUACAUGGAUGACUUUGAUAAUCUCGGAAAUGGAGGUGAGGCCCUGUUUCUGCCUGUCCUCAAUGAGGGGUUUGACCACUUAGGACUAUGUACAGAUGACAGCACUCUAAUCACCAAGUGCAACGAGGAAUCAUCGAUGACCAACCUGCACACCUUCUUAUCCGAAACUGUUGACUGGGCAGGGAUGGGACUUACAGCUGGUAAAGAUGACUUUGUGCAUGAGACGUCUCCAACAGACGAUUUUCCUCAUGGCUCGUCUCUGGACCUGUCGCCCUCAGACAGCUCUGGAGGGACUUACAUGUGGGAUGAAGAGGGGAUGGAGGCACUGGGAGGGUCUGGACACCCCUGUGGAAGUUUUGGCUCUGAUCUCAACAGCAUGGACAUUCUCAACAACCUGGAGAAUGUGGAGUCAUGUGACCUGGAGGAAGAUGAUCUCAUGUUGGAUUUGGACUUGUCUGAAGAUACAUCAUUCCACAGUGACACUGAUGGGAUAUCACCUUAUGAGUGUUCUGAAAAAGAAGGCUGGCCCAUUCAGAGGAGACGACAGCAACACUGGGGCAGGCGUGAAAACAGGGCUGACAUUUUGCAGUCGUUUGACGGUUUUAGGGGACAGGGGCUGGAGAGGUCAAUGUCAGAUCAUGUGACACUGGAUGAGCUGACACUGAAACUCAUGGUUCAAGACUGCUCUUCUGUCAAAGAACAGCUGCUUCAACUGAAGACACUGCUUCAGAUGGAGACAGAUUGUUCAGUUGGAGAGACUUUUGGGGCUUAUACUCCACAAUCCACUGACCAAUCUUUACUUGAUCAGAAGGUGGCUCUGCUCCUGAAAGAGGUUCAAGAACUGAGAAAUGAGCUCAGAAGCAAAGACAGAAUGAUUGCUGAACUUUCCCAGCAGCUGUCUUCUCCAGUAGAGGAUAUGCAGUGCCACUGCCUGCAGGGGUCAGAGGCUAACAAGGAGUCAGCGGAGCACCAGGACAAGGAUACUCAAACCUUGAGGCCGCAUAAUCUUCAGAUACUACAGACUCCCAGAUUCUUACCCAGCAAGCUCCACAACCAUGAAGGACUAUCAAGUCCAACCUCUACAGAGGCCCCUUGUGACAGUUUGGAUGCCGAGCUUAGUCACCACGCACUGACGCCCACGUCCUGCUCUCCAGACCUACAAAGUCCCAUCGCUGUUAAGUCUACCCCAAAUUGUACUUUACCAACGGUAACUAUAUCUGCUGAUAGCACUGCUGCCUCCUCUUCCAGAACUUCUCAGAGCUCUGAUCCUGCUGAGCUCGGCCUUGUGAGCAGCCAGCUUAAAAUCAAUGAGCCAGCAAGCCCACCAGCUUCUGCUAGCUUUUGCUGUAAGCUAGAGAGAGGUAUACAAAAACUUCCUUUAAGAAAAAGCAAUUUUUCAACCCUACAGCCACCCACCUAUAUUAAGAGAGCUUCAACACUCAUCAAGCCCCAGGAAGUACAGCGGGUCAGUAUGGUCAAUGGAGCCCUAGGUAGGGUAGGAGCCACAGGUCUAUCCAAAAGACAUCAACUUUUACCAGCUACCGGACUACCCUGCAUAAACCCAGCCCAACAGACUACCAUGGACACCACAACUGUAGCACCAGUAUGUAACAAACAAAAUCAAGGGUGCAGACAGUCUCUACUUCUCAGAAAGAUAGAGAGCAGUUUGCCCAGAGCUCGUGCUCCCCUUCAGCCCAAACAUUCCCGCCUUCCUAAACCAAAGGCGCUUUCUUCUCUCCCAAACCCUGCAUCUCAAUAAGGUCAAACAAUAACCUCCCCCGCUCUGCCUUCUCGUAUGCUUCCACAAUUCUAGAUCAGCUAAGCAAAGCUUAGGGCAUCUCACCAGAGUAUACAAAAGCUGCUUCUUAAUGCCCUGCUUAUAAGGCACCAGUCAAGUAUGCUGACGAAUAUUAAGGUAUUCUUUAAAACCAUGCUGCAUUGCUUGAUCUGCUGGGCUUCAAACAAAUAAUGCACUCAAGCUAUCUGUGUUACCCUGCAAAUUAGGAAUUCCAUAAAAAAAAAGUGAUUCUCCACUGUAGCUCCACUACAAAUGGUUUGCAUCAAAAUGAUCUCAGUGUAAUUUAAUAUAUGUUGAAUAUAGGAGGUAAUUUAGCAAGAGACCUGAUCGCUUCUACUUGCUUUUUACCCACAAUAAUGAAUAAUCCAGUAUUUUUUUCUGGGCUUGCUAGUACUAGAAAAAAAGUAAAAGAAAACUAUAAUCAAAUCUUACAGUCUUACUUUUUACAUCCCUGCAGUACAAAUAUGCAAGCCUACCAAUACAGAUUUGCUUCCUUUGGGCUGAUCUUGCCAGUUAUUCUUACUAUUUACAAAACGUGACACAGGUAACCACUAUUUUUUUCGGAAUAAUGCACUAAGUUGUAAGAGACACUAUUGUCUACCUUGUACCUAUGCACCUUGCAUAAGAUAUUUCUUCUGAUAUUCCUCUGAUAGAUUAGCAAGGCGCCACUUCUCUAGAACAAAACCAAGUAUUGUUAUUGCUCCUGCAUCAGCUUUUUGUAUUGCUCUUACGGAUCCUUAUCUCAUCCUUAUGGAUGAGACAGACUUGCAUUUUCCUGUCUUAACUACCACCAAAUGUGGUAUGUGCCGCGUGGGCCGUGAUGAAGAGUGCCCAGUGAGAUUUUCAGAGAAGUUGUCUCCUCCAAUUGCUUUUCUACACAUCUCUCUUCGUACCUUUGUUCUUUUCUGCUAGCGUGAAGAGUGUGUCUUGCAGGAAUUAGCCUCCCACCACCGUACUUAAUGAGAGCAAGUUCUGGAAGCUAAGUUGAUCUUAACAACAGUAUGUGUUGUAAGGCCUUGAACAUAAUGUGGUGAAAAAAAAAAAAAUUCUGGCUGUGAGGAACAUUGGCCUACACAGUGAGAGAGUUAGAAGUGGUUGACAUGGUUACUUUACAAUUACAGUGACUUCACCAAGUAAGGUAUGUUUCUUGAUUAGGAAUCUUUUUGGUCCUGGACCACAUUACUAAGAAUUACGGUAUAUUAUACCAGGGCCAAAAAAGACACAUCCUACAUGCCAUAGUCAGGGUGAACUGCGCUUGAUUGUGAAUUGCAGGAAUCAAGGGAUGCUGUGUGCACAUACUUGCGUUCAAACCUUUUUGGCAAAAUAAAACAGUUAAACAAAUCACAAAACAAGGAAAUUGAUGAUUUAUUAUGGCUUUACAUUAAAAAUCUUAAGGACCUAAAUCCUAUAGCAUUCAUGCAAACGGUUCAUUUCAGGUGCGCUAACAAGGAUGCUAAAGACUGCAGCCUCUAGCAAGCCUCUUGAAACCAGGGGAGUGAGGUUUAUCUGCGCAGCUUUUACUAGCUGGCCUGCGUUACACUCACCCCCCCAAACCUCACUCCCAUCUGGGUCAUGGCACCAAUGCAACCGGUUCCACCUGACCAGUUCCGAGUGAGGCUUGGCAUGGUAGGUGGGUGCAAUUACAAGGACACUAAAGAAUACAUCCUCUAUCAUCAGUCACUAAUGCACCUCUUUAGGAAAGGGAAGUGAAGUUUACUGCGCAGCUCUUACUAGCUGGCCUCUUGUUACAUCCAGGUCAUACCUGAUUAGAAUGUUAAAUUAAUUAUACUAUAAUGUAUAUGACAUGCAAUGCCGCACUCAUCUUUCUUAUUUUUUUUGUUAUCAAAGUUAUUAUUUAUAGAUUUCAUUCAUUUUAGAAUUAUUUUUAGCUAGGUUUGUUAAACAAAUGAGCAUUUCCCCUUUUCUUACAGUCUCUACUUCCCCCCAGUUUCCAAACUGGAAAAAUCCCACUUUCUCUACUCUUGUAGUUCAGUCUCGUGAAAAAUAAAAUGCCCAAGCUUUGCAGCAGCAGCCCCUACUUUCAUUCCAUGUCGAUUCGCAUCAAGAUUCAGUCUGUCUGAUUGCCUUACCAAACACUGCAGUACACGGUUAGCACAUCCACUGACUUAUCUGGUGUGAAUCCAUCAGGCCCUUCAAUCAGCACUAUCUUGCCUGACAGCUUGCUACACAUACCACUGCAAGUCAAACUGUUUAUCCCCUGCAUGUCAGUUCAUCUUAUUUCAUUUAUCUCAGCUAUUCUUUGCCACUUCAACAUGCAUGCAGGUAUCUUCUAAUGAGGCUGUCGAGAUGGCAUCCACCUUGCAUUAGACGCUGUAGAUGUUAAAAAGGGUUUAAUUAGAAAGGGUGGCUAGAUUAGUCCUAAACCCUCAUCCUAAUCCCUAAAUCCUCCUCAAUGUGCACUCACCUCACAAAAUCGCUACCUCUACCUAUGCUCUCCACUCCUGGCCUCAGCUAUUGCUGUAGAUAUAUUUGAGUGAGUAGAUGAUAUCUCUUCUGAUGAACCCUAGAUGAGAUGAGGUGUUCUUUUGCUGAAGUGUUUUGGAGUGAAGAUGAUAGUCUUUGUCAAUGGAGGAUAGUGGAACCCUUUCUGAAGGCUCGAGGAAACUCUGUUACAUCUUAUCUUUUCAUAUACGACUGACAAAAAGCAGCCAGUGAGAGAUAAAGAGGUCUUUUCCUACUUGAACAUAAAGCAAGUAACUGCAAAGCUUCUCUGAUUAUGAAUAUCAUUAAUGGUUAAUGGAUACGUAUUAUCAAAUCUUCUUAGCAGAGUGUAUAGUACAAGUAUAGUUUAACUAUGGACAUAUUCCAAUAACCUUUGCCAGCCACAAAUAGUCACUAUUUUUGUCUUCAUUUUGAACACGAUAAUGUGAUAACUUAUUGUGAAAUGUUUGGCUUGGCUACUUAUUUAGAUAUUUUGUUAUCUAAUGUCAUGACACAAUGUCAUACAUUUUUAAAAUGUGGCUUAAGCCCCCAAAUACUUUUCUUUUGCCACACAGCUCAGUUAUUUGCCUCCCAGUAGUAUGGUGGAACAAAAGAAAUUUAAUUUAAGACAUUGUGGAGAGUAAAGGAGGGACAAAGAUACACAACUCAGAGAUUUUGUCUCACUCUUAUACCAAUCCCAUUUUCUUGUCUGCACAUUUCUAAUAUUUCAUUGAAUUUUUCACAUAAUAAUACAUACAAAUUGACAAAAAUCUUCGUUGCCGUGUUCAGAGAAGAGUUUGAUUUAGGUAAGGCAAAGCGGGCAUGGAGUGUGACUGAAAAAUCUGACCUCUACCUGCAGGCUUUUGCAGAUGGGAGCAUGACAGAAUAUUGCAUAAUUUUUGCAGGAGUGGGCAGAAUCUCACAGGAACAGGCUCGAGCAGAUCUGAAAAAUCCAAGAAACAUUAAGUGGUACACUACUGUCUUUACAACGAUAUAAAGGUUUAGGAAAUAAAAACUAAUGUCUAUGACUUCACUUUUAUUUUAAGUCUGUAUAAAAUGCACAAACAUUAGAGUGCGUCUGUGGCCUCACUAUCCUUUGAAUAUGUGGAUUACUUGAAACAUUGUCUUUGUGGGUAUAACAUAAUUGGGUUUGUGUCUUUAGAGGUGGUAACUAUUAUAAACACUAUUUUAUUAGGGAGAUUAGUGUGUCAACUUCUUGGGUUUCAACUUCUUUUGUCUCAUUUGAAGCAUGCAAACGUUGAAGAAACAAUACCAUUGUGUCAUUAUGUCUCCCUGUAUUAUUAGAUAGAAUCAGAUGCAGCAAUGUGCAUCAUCAUAACACUAUUAAUUUGCUCUUUUAGUACUGUUUUUAUUGUCCUUUAUGUUGUAUGCCAUCUGUUUACUUGAUUUUUGCUACAUUAUGACUGUAUGAAAUUGCACUGCCCUAUAAUGUAAAACUCUGUUCAAACGUAAUUUAUUUGUGCAUUUACAAAUGUGCGUGUGUGUGUGUGUGUGUGUGUGUUACAGGUAAAAGUAAUCCCUUAAUCAUAUUAUAUGCACUUUAAAUGUAAAGACAUGAGAUGAGAGAUGUUUUCAUGUGCUUAACAUCUUUCCAUGAGGCUGAGUGUCCAAGAACUCUAAAUAAAGACAGCAACAAAAGCUACUGCAAUUACA